AUGGCAUUUGUUGAUGACGAUUUAGAAAUGUAUAUGCAAUUGAAUGGCAUAGUAAAUAUGGAAAUCGUCAAUUUUAUUGACGAUAAUGAACCAAGACGAAUAUUAAAACAAGAAGAUCCUUUUGUUGAAUUGUCAGAUCGGAAGUUUAUUGGUACUUAUCGUUUAAGUAAGCAAUUAGUUGAAGAACUUAUAGAUACAUUGACUCCUUACAUGAAUAGUCCAAUGACGUCUUCAGGGAUAACUAUAAAAAGAAAAGUAUUAACAGCUCUAAGAUUUUUUGCUAGUGGGAGUUAUCAGCAGGAUAUUGGGGAACACAGAGGUGCAGCCCUUAGUCAACCCUCAGUUAGUAGAUGUAUUACUGAAGUUGCAGAAGCAUUAAAUAAUCCUAUAAUAUUAAAUAAAUACAUACAUUUCCCAAGCACUAUAGAACAACUUAAUAUUAUUCGACAAGGAUUUUACAACAAAUUUGGAAUACCAGGAGUUAUUGGAGUUAUAGAUGGAACUCAUGUGGCUAUUGUACCACCCAAUACCGCCGAUGAUGUAUAUCCAGAACAUAUAUAUGUUAACCGGAAAGGUUAUCAUAGCAUAAAUACACAACUUAUAUGUGAUUCCGAUUUAAUGAUCUUAAAUGUAUGUGCUAAAUUUCCGGGGAGUACGCACGACAGUCAUAUUUGGCGUCUUAGCCCUGUAGAAGGCCCUAUGAAACAUUUACAUGCAAUUGGACAAACAUCAUACUUCUUACUAGGGGAUUCUGGAUAUCCAUUGAGACAGUGGUUAUUGACUCCAUUGUAUCAACCACAACCAAACACUCCAGAAGCUAACUAUAAUAAAUGGUUUUGCAGAACAAGAUCAAUCAUUGAACGUUGUAAUGGGGUUCUUAAAAUGAGGUUUAGAUGCUUACUUAAACAUAGGGUACUUCACUACUCACCAGAAAAAGCUGCCAUUAUAAUUAACUCAUGUACCAUAUUACAUAAUAUUAGCAUUUCUAAUAAAAUACCAAUAAUUAGAAAUAUAGAAGACUCGACUGAUAUAGAUUUAGGUAAUAUAGACAAUGAUCCAGAAGUUGAACAAAUAGUCAACAGAAUUAAUCCAGAACUCACUGCUGGAAAACGGAUGCAACAAACAAUAAUUGAUUUAUAUUUUAAAUAA